AUGAAACCCAUUGAAUUGUUAUUACGUAGGCUCAAUGUUACGCAACUACUUCAAACUCGAGUUUCCGAAAAAACCAUUUACAACUCGAUUGCCAAUCAACAAAUUGACAAAUUCAUCAUUUGCGUCCGACAAUCAUCUCAUAGUAUCAACUGCCUUAGAAUUUUCUUUGAGUUGUUACCAACGUUAACCAAUGAUAAUUAUGUAUUCGAAUUAGUCGAAGUUCUGAAUCAAUCGCCAUUAACAUCAGAUGAAUUAUCGACGACAACGACUAAACAUCUCUGUCAUUUAUUGUCUGACAAAUACUUCGAUAGAUUUGAACAAAUUCUUCAUCUGCCAUUUCGAUCAUUUUCGCUGACGUUUUCGAUUUUCCAACUGAUGGAAUUUAUUCGUCAAUGUACAGAUUUUCAGCAACUUAUUCGAUGCCUAACAAUAUUGAUAAAUAGACAUAUUCCGCAUGCCAAUGGAUAUCCAUCGUGGAUUCUACAAGGCAUUCUAGCGAGGUAUCGUCCUGGUGAUGAGAAAUUAAUCGAGUCGCUUCUAAAAAUUAAAACCAAUGUGAAUAUAUUGUACAUCGGUGAUAAUAAUACUGGUACGACGCCAUUUAUGCUUUUGAUGCGUUUGUGUACAAAUGAGAAGUGUCUACCUUUAAUCGAUGAAGCUCUAUCGAAUAUAAAGGAGCCAACAUUAAUGAAUUAUGUAGACAAUUGGGAUCGUUCGUAUUUAAGCUAUCUGUUAUGCGCCGUAUGUGAGCAUAAAUCUAUCAAUGUUAGUCAACAAAAUACAGAAGAAUCGUUUUCAUCGUGUCCAAAUGCACAAGCCGUUCUUCGACUCUUUGCUCAACUGUGGGGAUUCGGAAAUCGAUGUUCAUACCUAAUACAAACUAUUCUCAAUUCUCAAUUCUGUUUUUCUCUGCGCCUGGCUCUGUUCGAUUGUGUACUCAAAUUCGAUUCAUCGGCUUCAGUUAUUAAAGAAAAUAUCAACACAUUCUUCACUUAUUUCCCGUCGAUCUAUAUUCCACAGUAUUCAACCUAUCUUAAACGUUUAGCUCUUGAUCAAAGUCUCAAUCAGGCUCUACUCAAUGUGCUUGAAGGUAAAAGUUCUGAAGAUCGGCAUCUUAUAACUAAGAUCAAAUUUCUUCUACAACAAGGAUCGCGUAUCGAGCCGAUGAAAACGAUUCCCGACUAUACUCGAGAGCUACUUUUAAAUAGUCAUUCACCGAUUCCGUUUCUCUUACUCGAUUAUGCCAUUCAUAUGGAAAUACCUGAUACCUCGCCGACAAAUCAAAUAAAUAUCAUCGUCAAUUUGUAUGUGCGCCAUCUAGCCGAGUGGGGAUAUCGACAGAGCUGGCAAACAUAUUUUGACCAAUACCAAUCGACUCUCCUACCCGCUACAAUCGACUAUCUAGAAAAGAUCCGAUGCAAAAUACCGCAACAUUUAUCGACAUUGUGUAUACAACGAUCGCGAUCUUUAUUGAUUAAUUUGGGCGAUAAUAUUCUAGAGAAAUUAGGAGAGCAUCUAUCGCAUAAUUUAAUACGAUCAUUGACUAGACUGGCAUAUGACCAACACUAUUCGUUCUUUUGUAAAGUGAGUGGUCAUAUAACCACGUGA